AGCCGUCCUGGCUCACAGCGCCUGAUGGCUCUGGCCGCAUCGGGCGCACUGUUUAUUACUACAUCUGUAUUCGGGUUUCCUGCCCACUGCCAUUUUUCUUGUUUGAUCUUCCGCAUUACAUAAAAUGAGCCUCGUUCUGCUCGUCGUGGCGCUCUGUGGGCUGCCGGCCCAUUCGCUCGUCGGCCGUCUCCUGGACUCCUCGCGGCUGCAGGCCGCCCGCGCGGGGUCCGGAGCGAGCGUGGACGUCGAGGCGGGCGCUCACCUCGGUCUGUUUUUGGACCUGGACUCGGACAUAGGCCAGGGGUUCACCAUGGACAUGGACGUCGAAUCGUACAACGAGUAUGAGAUGGACUUCGACUCGGACGCGCCCGCGCCCGCAUCCAGACGGCAGAGCGCCGCGGAGAAGUCUGGUGGAGAAGCCGGGGCACUGGACGGUUCAUGGUCGCGAGAUCCCACCGACACCCAGGAGAGGAAGUUCGUAGUGGACCUCAACAUGACCCGGGCGCACGAAGCAGGGCUGACAGCAGGCCUCAAGCUCAGCAUUGACGCCGACAAGACCCCCAUCUCGGUCACCGCGGUGAGGAGCAUUGGCCUUGUGGACGAGUGGAACAGAGGCAAUCUGUUCAGAGCGAUUCUCCCAGGUGACAGGAUCAUGGGUUUCAACGAUGUUCGCUGGCAGCACAAUUCCAGGGCAUUUGGCAGGGACCUGUUGUCUGCGUACGACAACGGACGCCUCUUCAGGCCCGGAGGACACAAGACCCUGCAGCUUCAGAUCUGGAGGCCCGCGUUGAAGGACGCCACCAGCGAGUCUCCGGUUGUCGCGGACGAGCCAGACGCCCAGGAUGUCAAUGCAGUGCCGCAGAUUCCCAUGAAGAAUUCCCUCGCCCAAGUGGAGGCUCAGGCCUCCGUGGAUACACAGACGUGGAGCACGCACGAGCUCGUGGCGUCCCUGAAGGUGCCGAAGUCUCUCAAGGGACAGCAGGGCCACAAGGCCGCUGCAGCAUCUGUCUUGGGCUGGCAGCUGGCGGGUAUCGAUGACGACAGCGCCCCAGUCACCAUCAGCAAGAUCCGGCGCAAGGGCCUGGUGGCUGAGUGGAAUGCAGCCCAUCCGAGCCAAGCGCUCCAAGCAGGCGAUCGGAUCGUCAAGGUAAACGGGGUCAGCUGGCACAACAACUCGAAGGCGUUCGUGAGCCAAGUGGCCAAGCAGUUCGAGGCCGCGAGGAACGGCAAACGCUUAUCCAUCAAGGUGCAGAGGAUGGUCAGGGCCGCCACAGCGCCGAGUCCGCCUCCGUUCCCCGCCGCGCCGAGUCCUCCUCCGCUCCCCCCCGCGGGGCGACAGGAGGCAGGUGCCGACCACGAGGGCUCUGAGACCACCGUCGAGAUUGUGACCCCUUCGGCUUCGCUCGCCGUUGAGAAGCAGAGCGGGACGCCAGAGGAGGCCGGGAAGACGCCGGGCUUCAUGGCGGCUCUGGUUCUGCCGAAGUCCUCUGGGGGCCUGAGCAGCGCAAAGGCCUUGGGCUGGCAGCUCGACUUUGAUCUCGAGGACGACAGCGUGCCCGUCACGGUUGGCAAGAUCCGGAGCACGGGCUCGGUGGAGCAGUGGAACGCCGCCCAUCCAAGCCAAGCGAUCCGUCCUGGCGACCAGAUCACCAAGGUGAAUGGGAUUCCUUGGAAGAGCAACUCGAAGAUGUUCGUAGAUCACAUUUCCAAGCAAGUUGCGGCUUCUCGUGAACUGCAGAAGGUCCUCUAUGUGAAGGUGCAGAGACAAUCUGAGGACACCGAAGGUGUACCCUCGCAGUCGGAUUCUCCCAAGGCUAGCGUGGCGGUGGACGUCGCCGUCGGGCGUAAUGACACCAGGGCGGCCCCUCCAAGCCCGGAGACCGCCCCAUCAGCGUCAGGUACUCACGAAGACAAGGAGGGCAACUCGACAGAGGGCAGGGCGGGAGGCACUUUGGGAGAAGAGCUACAGGCUAAGUCGGUCCAGCUCCACGGGUCUACGACCCGGGUCCAUUCUUCCACGGUCGCCAAGACGACGGUGAAAAAGGUCGCUGCAUCUCUGCUGGUGCCGAAGUCGGCUGGCAAGCACGGCCGGGCGGUCUGGCAGAAGGCGGGCGUGGCAACGGCCUUGGGCUGGCAGCUGGAGGGCCUCGACAACGACAACGUCCCAGUCACCAUCAGCAAGAUACGGCGCAAGGGCUCGUUGGCUCAGUGGAACGAAAAACAUCCGAAGCAUGUGAUCCUUGUCGGUGAUCAGCUCGUCAAGGUGAACGACGUUCGCUGGCACAACAACUCGAAGGUGUUCAUGGACCGCAUCAUCAAGCAGUUCGAGGCCUCCUCACAGCAUGGCAAACGUCUGCAGAUCGAGGUGAAGAGGAGCGUCACGGUUGUUGACGACGCCGACGUGAAUUCGGACGUCCCCGAGACCCAGAACGGCACUCUGGAGGCCCACGCAGGGAUGGAACCCUCCGAAGGGCGGAACGAGAGCGAGGACGACCACGAGGGCUCGGAGUCCACCACCGCGAGUGCAACCCGCUCGAGUUCUCCCGCCAGUCAAGAGCAGAGCGAGAAACUGGUGGAGACCACGAAGACGCCCAGCUUCGUGGCAGCGUUGGCUCUGCCGAAGUCAACAGGGGGCCUGAACAGUGCAAAGGUCUUGGGAUGGAAGCUGAACGUCGAGGACGACAACGUUCCCGUCACCGUCGGCAAGAUCCUGAGUAAAGGGUCUGUGGCUCAGUGGAACGCAGCCAAUCCAAGCCAGGAUAUCCGUCUUGGCGACCAGAUCACCAAGGUGAACGGGCACCCCUGGCACAACAACUCAAGGGUGUUCUUGGACCGCAUCGCCAAGCAGUUUGCGGCCAUCAAGAACCACGCCGCUGGUGCCCCCAAGCGCCUCUAUGUCAAGGUGGAGAGGCCCGCGCAGGCCCGCGCGGGCGCAGAGGUGCGGCAGAGCGAGACGGAGCCAGGCAGCCCGAGCUCGGACGCCCCGCCGGAGCAGCGGGACGAGACGGCGACGGCCAGCGAGGGCUCGGACGCUCCCCAGAAGAGCGCGUCGGACCAGCUGCCCGAGCAGGAGGCCGGCGCGCCGCGCGCGAGCCUGGUGGAAACCGGCCAGGAGGAGAACGCGUCCGAGGCGCCCGUGGAGGCCAGGAAGACGACCGACUUCGUUGCCGAUUUGGUCCUCGCGAGGGCCGCCGUGUCGGCCCUGGCUCUGCCAGAAGCUUCCAGCGGCGUGGGCAGCGCAAAGCUCUUGGGAUGGAAGGUGAGCGCCGAGGACGACAGUGUCCCCAUCACCAUUGGCACGAUCCAUCCCUUGGGCUCCGUGGCCCGAUGGAACGCAGCCCAUCCGAGCCAGGAGAUCCGCCCCGGCGACCGGAUCACCAGCGCCAACGGGGUCCCCUGGCGCAAGAACUCGAGGGCGUUCCUGGAAGGCAUCGCCAAGCACGUUGCGGCCACCUGGGACGGGAGCGAGAGGAGCCUGAACGCGUCCAGGCUCCUGUCCGUGAGGGUGCAGAGGCCGGGGCAGGGCGCCGAGGAGGCCUCGGACUCUCCCAGCGACGGGCAUGAGGCCGAGGAGGCCCGCGCAGACGCGGGCGCCCGCCAGGGGCUCGGCGAGGCCAGCUCCGGCUCGGACGCUCCAGAGAAGCUGGGCGAGGCAGCGGCGGACAGCGCGAGCUCGGACGCUCCCGAAGAGAAGAAGGGCACCCCGGCACCUCCCGUCAAGCUUGCCGCCGACGAGGGGAUGGUCUCGAUGCUCGACACUGCCAUUCGUAGCGCAGGGAUCAGUCAGGGCAAGGUCCAUCGUAAGGUCGCCAUGCUUGACACCUCCGCCUCCAGCGUAGAGACGGCAGUGAAGAAAGACAACGGUUCGAUCGCAGGGAAGUUGGAAGCGAACGAGUUCCUCGUGCCCCUGGUUGUGCCCAAGUCCUCCGACCCGCUCGCGAAGGUUCUUGGCUGGCAGCUGGUCGUCGAGGACGACCAAACCCCCGUCUCGAUCGGGAAGGUCCGCGCCGAGGGUGCGGUGGCCCAGUGGAACGCCGCUCAUCCGGACCAGGCGAUCUUCCCUGGUGACAAGGUGAUCAAGGUGAACCGCAUCCCCUGGCACAACAACUCGAAGGCCUUCGCCGACCGUCUGUACAAGGAGGUUCAGGUCUCCUGGCGGGCGGCCGACGAUGAGCCCGGCCAGCUGCUCUUCAAACUGCAGAAGGGGAACUCGACGCGCGAAUUCGUCAACGUGACGGCGGCGAACGCGACUCGCGCCGACAUGCGCAACAGGAGCCAGGUGGCCCUCGCCAAGCAGCGCGGCGCCAAGGCGAACGUCUCCGUGGCCCGCAAGGCGGACACGGUCAUGAAGGUCGUGGAGCGCCGGGUGCGGCGGUCGGAGGGGGGCGGGAAGAUGCGGGAGUUCGUGGCGCCCCUCGUCGUGCCGAAGUCCAAGGACCCCCUCGUGAAGGUCUUGGGCUGGCAGCUCCUCGUGGAGGACGACCACAUCCCCCCCAUCAUCGAGAAGGUGAAGGACACUGGCGUGGUGGCCCAGUGGAAUGCUGCCCAUCCGGACCUGGUGAUCCAUCCUGGCGACGAGGUCAUGAAGGUCAACACCGUCCCUUGGCACAACAAUACGAAGUCUUUCACCAGUCGCAUGUACAAGGAGAUUACCCGCGCCUGGCAAGGGAGCGACGGCGCUCCCAUUGUGCUCGUCAAGGUGCGGAGGUACGUGAUCGGCGACGCCAACGAGAGCGCCGACGACGAGGGCGCCGAGGGCGCUGAGGGCGCCGUGAUCGCCGGAGACGCCCUGAUGGCCGGCGGUGGCAACGAGAGCGUCCAGAGCGACGAGAACUCCGAGAGCCCCGAGGAUCCCGUUCACCUCGGCGAGGACGACGAGGACGACGCGAACACCCAGGGCGCUGGGAGCGCAGGCGCCGGCUCCGAGGGCGCCCGCGGCGACGAGGUCGCCGAGAGCGGCAGCACUGGCGACGAGAGCGCUCAGGGCGACGAGAGCGACGAGAGCGCCGAGGGCGCCAAGAAGACCGAGAGCGCCCUCAUCGCGGGGGACGCCCUGAUGGCCGGCGGUGGCGACGAGAGCGCCGACAGCGCCGACAGUGCCGGGAGCGACGAGAGCGCCGAGGGCGCCGAGGUCGCCGGGAGCGACGAGAGCGCCGAGGGCGCCGAGAAGGCUGAGAGCGCCGAGGACGCCAAGAAGGCCGAGGGCCCCGAGGGCGCCAAGAGCACCGAGAGCGCCGAGGCCGCCGCCAGUCCUGGCGUCGAGAGCGCCGACAGCGCCCGGGCUGAGAAGGGUGCUCCCCAGGAGGACCAGGGGUCCGAGAAGCUCGCCGACAAGAUCGGGGUUCUGUUCUCCGCCUGGAACAAGCUCCACCCAGAGGACGAGAUCUCCCUCGGGUCGCUUCCAAAGCCUCGCUAGGCCCGUGCUGGCGCCCGCGAGAGGUGCCCGGCCACGAGCGGCGCGUCCUCGGUGGCGUGUCUGCGCUCGCCGCUGCCUUGAGGGUGCCGUCUUGAGGGGCCCGCUCGUCCGAAUUAGCCGAGGCGGACGGCCGGACCGGUUCAUCGCCCUGCGCCGCGGGCUGUCGACGGACGCAUGCGCGAACAGCUCGCAUCCUUGAGCCUCAACCCGCUCUCCUUGCCCCCACCCCUCUUGUCCCUCUUCUCCUUGUCCAUCUCCCUCCGAUUGUCGUCACAGAAUAAUCGGAGCUAGUUGAUUGUUGUCACUGACAACAUGUACUCUCUCGCUUAGUCCGUCCGCGAGGUCGCAAAAAUCCUCUUGUGCCGCG